AUGUUGAGAUCCCAAGCUACCAGAUUAGUGUGUAACUCCCGUGUUAUCACCGCUAAGAGAACUUUUGCUCUAGCAUCCCGUGCUGCUGUUAACAUGAGACCAGCUGCUCGUUUCGUUAAGCCAAUGAUCACUACCCGUGGUUUGAAGCAAAUUAACUUUGGUGGUACCGUUGAAACCGUCUACGAAAGAGCUGACUGGCCAAGAGAAAAGUUGUUGAACUACUUCAAGAACGACACUUUUGCCUUAAUUGGUUACGGUUCUCAAGGUUACGGUCAAGGUUUGAACUUGAGAGACAAUGGUUUGAACGUUGUUAUUGGUGUUAGAAAGAAUGGUGCUUCUUGGAAGGCUGCCAUUGAAGAUGGUUGGGUUCCAGGUGAAAACUUAUUCGAAGUUGAAGAAGCCAUCAAGAAGGGUACUUAUGUCAUGAACUUGUUAUCCGAUGCUGCUCAAUCUGAAACUUGGAACACUAUUAAGCCAUUGUUGACUAAGGGUAAGACUCUAUACUUCUCCCAUGGUUUCUCUCCAGUCUUCAAAGAUUUGACUCACGUUGAACCACCAAAGGACUUAGAUGUUAUCUUGGUUGCUCCAAAGGGUUCCGGUAGAACCGUUAGAUCUUUAUUCAAGGAAGGUCGUGGUAUUAACUCUUCUUAUGCUGUCUGGAACGAUGUUUCCGGUAAGGCUCAUGAAAAGGCUCAAGCUUUGGCUGUUGCCAUUGGUUCCGGUUACGUUUACCAAACCACUUUUGAAAGAGAAGUUAACUCCGAUUUGUACGGUGAAAGAGGUUGUUUAAUGGGUGGUAUCCACGGUAUGUUCUUGGCUCAAUACGAAGUCUUGAGAGAAAAUGGUCACACUCCAUCUGAAGCUUUCAAUGAAACCGUUGAAGAAGCUACUCAAUCUUUGUACCCAUUGAUUGGUAAGUACGGUAUGGAUUACAUGUACGAUGCUUGUUCCACUACUGCUAGAAGAGGUGCUUUGGAUUGGUACCCAAUCUUCAAGGAUGCCUUGAAGCCAGUUUUCCAAGACUUGUACGAAUCUACUAAGAACGGUACUGAAACCAAGAGAUCUUUGGAAUUCAACUCUCAACCAGACUACAGAGAAAAGUUGGAAGCUGAAUUACAAACUAUUAGAGAUAUGGAAAUCUGGGGAGUUGGUAAGGAAGUUAGAAAGUUGAGACCAGAAAACAACUAG